UUGGGUUCUCGCGCCGGACGGCGGCUCUCGGCGCAGAUUUGUACUUUCUGAGAGUCACAAUGCCCCGAAAAAACAACCAGAAACGCAGCGACAAACAAGACGAAAGGAAGAAGGCACCGAAAAGGGACGGCCCCGAGUUUCCUGCAGAUAAAAGCGCGUCUGACCACAAAGAGAAGGAAUUAUACCUGACGCAAAUAGGAUAUCUGACCGACGAGCUGGAGAGAUAUCAGCUGAAAUGUGAUGACCUUGUGAGGCAGAAAAAAGACUUACUCUCUCAGUACAGCACCCUGCAGCAGGAAAACAGAGAGAUGCUUAUGCACCUGGAGACCUCCCAGUUAAAGGAGGAGGGCGAGGCAGACGAACUGUUGCAGCGGCUGGAGAGUGAGCGGCAGGCUGUGGGUCAGGAACGAGAUGCCCUGCAGCUGCAGCACAGCCAGCAGACGCAGGAGCUCCAGGACCGCGUCGAUAAACUUAUUAAAGAAAACGCAGCACUUGUGGAGAGGCUUGCAAGCCUGGAGGCGUUUCAGAAGGAAAAGGAGAAGAUGAUGUCCAGCAUAGAGUCUCUGGAGAAGCAGCUGGCGAGUCUGGAGGAAGAGCACAAAGAUGACAUUCACAGCCUGGAGAUGAAAGCGCUGCUGGAAAAGAAGAGAUUGGAGAGGGAGAUGGAGUCUCAUGCUGCAGCCAUGGCAGCAGAAGUGCAGCACCUGGCGGACCAGAAGGUUCCGGAGACGACCAGGCUGGUGCUACAGGAGAACGUGGAGGUGAAAGCUCGUGUCAGGCAGCUGUCAGAGCAGGCGCAGGUCCUGAUGGAGGAGAACGCAGCCCUGCGGGAUCGCAAGCGUCAGCUCAGCGUGGAUGUGGAAAACCUGGAACAAAUGCUCAGCAAGACGUCACGCACGAGCUGCGUCCGUAAGAAGGUGGUGGAGCAGCUCACAGAGAAGUGCCAGCAGCUGCAGGCGGAGCAGAAGGACUGCAGGCAGCAGCUCGAGCAGCUUCAGACUGAACACACAGGAGUCCUGGCUAAGAUGGAAACGCUCAGGCAGGAUCAGGCCUCUCUGUGUCACCAGUGCAGUAAAAACAGAGCCGAGGUCAGCCGGCUGGAGGCGGAGCUACAACAGGAGAGGAGGAGGAGGAGCAGGAUGAAGAGCAACAUGCAGGAAGCGGCCGUCACUCUCAGGCGAGCGCUGAUGGAGGAACCAACCAAGCAGGACUCGCAGGUGGACUCUGUGAUCCAGUGGAAGCAGCUGAUGCAGCAGAUGCUGGUGAUGUUCAGCAGACACGGACUCGCCAGCUCCACUGCUGAGAGCGACAAAGCCAACGAGCUGCGGACGCCUGACCGUGCAGCACCCCGAACAAGAACUCCGGAUCCAGACUUGAGUUUCCAGUUCCAGCUGGCCCGCUACGGGCCGGGAGAUCUCGAUUUUGUGCCUCGCCCCGUGCUGAAACACAACAGCAUGCUCUCCAGGGUGGAAGCUGGCUGCAGAAGGAAACCCUCGAGUCAGCAGACAGAGAGCUCUGUGAAGCUGACAGAUUCAGCUGUGGGAUCUUUGACCUCCAAACACUCAGUGACCAAACUCUAAUGACAGCAACAAAACUCACUUCCUAAAAACUCUGACAGUCGAUCGUGUUGCAUUUCAAUCUAAAAUUGUCUGUUACAUGUGUAACCACAGUCGCUCGGAUUACAGUAAAGGUGACGUC